UUUAAACAUAGUUCUGCACAUCAGAAUAAUGUACUUUUGUAUGGUAUUGAUUCUUCUUUCUGAAGUGAGAUCUGUGGCAUCAACUGUUAGAGUGACUGGUCAGGUUGGAGGAUUUGUGAUGAUCUCAUGUUCUCAUAGGAUGGCUGAUGACAACAAAAAGUAUUUCUGCAGGAAACCAUGUAAAACAGAUAAGGACAUUUUGAUUAAAUCUGAUCAAUCAUCUACUACAAAAUACAAGCUGAAGGAUUUAGGUGAUGGACGUUUUACUGUGAACAUCACUGAACUCCAGAAGACAGACAGUGGGACAUAUUGGUGUGGAGUGGAGCGAUGGUUUAAGGACACAUACAUUGAAGUGCUUCUCACAGUUACAGAAGUAACUGCUGUUCCACAAACAGUAACCUCAUCUGAACCCUCCACCUCCACAACUACCAUCAUCUCUCCAUUCACAACUGAAAACAACGUUUCAAAUCAUCAACUGGUCAGCAUCUCUCUGACAUUCACAGGGACCCUACUGUACACAGUUAUAGGACUGGUUGUCAUGGUGAACUUAUUUGGCGUGAGCAUGAUCACUCUUUAUAAAUACAGGAAGACAAUACGUGGAUCUCAAACCACUGCAUCUUCAGAUGUCAUCUAUUCAGUAAUACAGAUCCCAAGGACUAAUCAUAACAACCAGACAGGAGCAACCUCCUCCACUACAGAAUUCUCUGAAGAGACUAUGAAGAACCCGCUCUAUGACAAUGAUGCACUGCUGGAGAGGAGGAGAGAUUCAAACAUCUACACCUUACCUCAGUAACCUGCACAGUCGACUCUCUACUGUAGUUACCAUUUCCUCCAGCCUUUUUCCCAACAUUCCCCUCUCACGUUUGUGUACCUCUCACAUUUGUGUACCUCUCACGUUUGUGUACCUCUCACGUUUGUGUAUCUCUCACACUUCGUGUACCUGUCAUGCUUGGAUAUGUCAGGGUCAAGCUGAAAUGGGUGAGCAAAUGGCAUUUGAAAGAGUCUUGCUUUUCUUGCAGUUUGAGAUGCAGACCUUUUGUUUCUAAAGUUGCAUAUGAAAACAUUUGACAUAGCAGCAAAUAUUUUAGAUCGGAUUUCUAAAUGUAGUUAACUAGUUAGUUGCCUUUCACUGUGAGGUUAAUUUUUCCUUUAUUUUCAAGUCUGACUUAAAUCCGUGAUGCAAGAAUUCAGGAAUACCCAUAUGCAAAUGUUCUGUAAAAACCUUAUAAGAAUCAGAAAUACCAUAUAAAAUACUUAACA